AGACGAACGAUUUCAGAUUGAAGAUCGUAAGGGGAACUACAUGGCUGACCGACGUCAGACUCCCGAAGACCGUACAUCAAAAAAGACAACUGAGCGCCAGACAGAGCACGGUAAGCACGUCCAGCCACUGACCUCUUUACCGUUACCACCGCAGGAAGGCCUUUACAAAUUAUCUGCCAAGACAGAUGAUCUGUUUGGUAAAAAGCCUAAGAGCCGCAAUCCUGAUUGG